AUAAAACCAUACACAAAACUAGGGAAUUGGGUUCUAAACCAAGUGGGAGGUGAAGUGAACAACAAUGGUUCUGCUUGAGAAGCUUUGGGAUGAUAUUGUGGCUGGACCUCGCCCUGACCGCGGCCUCGGCAAGCUCAGGAAAAUCACCAUUAAUCCCCCCAUCGUUAAAGAUUUGGAUGGAGAGGGAAGCAAAGGGUCGAUGUCCAUGCCGAAUAGUCCGGCAACACCCACCACGCCGGUGACACCUACGACGCCGUUAACGGCGGCGCGUAAGGACAAUGUUUGGAGGAGCGUGUUCAACCCUGGUAGAAACCUUGCCACCAAGACUAUUGGUGCUGAAGUCUUCGACAAACCUCAACCAAACUCUCCAACUGUUUACGACUGGCUCUACAGCGGUGAGACCAGGAGCAAGCACCGUUGAUUGGAGGCUCCGGCGGCGUUCACCGGCGGUUUCAUGUAAAUAGCGUCGUAAAAAGUGUUUGUUGACGUGGACCGGUGGGUUUUGGAUGUUUAUGUGUUUACGUGUCCUAACUAGGUUUUGACAUCUACCAAGCAAGAUUUUAUAUAGUAGUGUUUAAUAUGUGUGAGUUCGUAGUUAACUAAGUUUUAAGUCUGCUGUCGCGGCCGAUGAUCGGACGGCUUCUUAAUAGAGUCCGCCGUGCACGGCGGUGAUGAGCGACUCACGAUUGUUAUGUUAAAUAAAUGUGGUCUUUGUGUUCUUUAAAAUUUAAUCAAUCAGUUGAUAGAGCAAGAUUAUGAUGA